AUGUGGAUGUCGGGGGAUAGAAGCCAGAUUAGGAGUCAGGUGGAUGUCUCCCCCUGGGGUGGAUUUGGAACCGGGUGGACAUUCCUCCAACAGAGGCUGGACCUGAACGAAGACGGAGUCAUCACGUGGGAGGAGUUUCUGGACUCGUGCUUGACGGACGACACGACGUUGGAGUCCCUCGGCUCCGUGUAUGACGUCAUUUAG